UGCGGAGGAGCCGCGGCCGACGACGACGACCAUAAAGGGCCUCCUUUGCGAGAGGGUCAAGCAAGGUGUUUCGCGGCUCCCCUUCUUUCAGGGGGCUCCUUUGUCCGAAAGGUGGCGGGUGCGGGGGGCCUCGGCGCGAGCGGCACGGGCGGCGCGGCCGACGUGCCCGCGGCCCUACUUGACUGGGAGGACGGCGACCGGUUCAGCUUCGAGGAUUCGGAUCGUUUCGAAGAGGAUUCCCUGUGCAGCUGGAGCUCAGAACCCGAAAGCGUUUGCAACAAUUGGAGAGGAUGGAAGAAACCUGUCAAUGCAUCGGCCUCCUACACUUUCGGUACCAACGGAAAGAAGACCGUCGACGACUUACCAUCAUUAACAGAGCUCGCCGCAAAAUGCGUUGCUUCUCAUAUUCCCUUCGAAUUGGUAGAACACGUGUAUCCCCCUGUUCCGGAACAAUUACAGCUGAGGAUAGCUUUUUGGAGCUUUCCGGACAACGAGGAAGAUAUUCGAUUAUAUUCUUGUCUUGCUAACGGAUCGGCUGAUGAAUUUGCAAGAGGAGAACUUCAACAUCGGAGUCAAUGUGUUAAAGAUCCUUUGCAAAUAGGUUUCCAUUUAAGUGCAACAGUUAUAGGACAACCAAAUCGCACUGGCGAUCAUAAUGUAGCGGUAACAUUCGACAGACGACGAAUAUCAUCUUGUAAUUGCACGUGUAAUUCAUCUGCUUAUUGGUGCUCACAUGUUGUAGCUGUUUGUCUGACAAGGAUACAUUGGCCUCAUCUGGUGACUUUAAGAGCCCCUGUGUCUGAGUCGUUAUCGCGAUUACAUCGGGAUCAACUACAAAAGUUUGCCCAGUAUCUUAUCAGCGAGCUACCCCAACAAAUCCUGCCGACUGCGCAGCGAUUAUUAGACGAACUUCUUGGUUCACAACCUUCGGUUAUUAAUUCUGUGUGUGGUGCUCCUGAUCCAACCGCUGGGGCGUCGAUCAGCGAUCAAACUUCGUGGUAUUUAGAUGUUAAAGCGUUACACGGGAACAUUAAGAAGAUUUUGAUUAAAUUUUGUGUACCAGCACCGAUAGUUUUUAGUGAUGUUAAUUAUUUAAGUACAACAGCCCCGCCAGCUGCUGCAGAAUGGACUUCUUUAUUGCGGCCACUUCGCGGACGAGAACCCGAAGGGAUGUGGAAUUUGUUGAGUAUCGUAAGAGAAAUGUUCAAGAGAAACGAUCGAAAUGCUAUACCAUUAUUGGAGAUAAUCACCAAAGAAUGUAUGGCUUGCGAGCAGAUUUUACUUUGGUGGUUCAACACAAAAGUAGCUUUAUUAAACGGAGGAUCUGGUUAUGGAGGAAGCGGCGGGGGGAAACAUAAUAACGUAAACAGUAAUACACAUGCUUCGCAACACGCUUGUUCAUCGCUUUGCGAUGAAGUCGUCGUUCUUUGGAGAUUAGCUGCGCUAAACCCGGGUUUAUCCCCGCAAGAACGCGAUAUGCUCCAUAGCCAAUUUACCACGUGGCAUCUAAAGAUAAACGAAAAAGUGAGUAAGUGUCGCAAUUCGACUUCAUCGCAAUCAAAUGGGAACAAAAAUGGAAGUUUGAAAACGGAUUUAGAAGUGUUUACUGGAUUUAAACCGGCCAUUGAGGCAUGUUAUUUAGAUUGGGAUGAUUACCCAAUGCCAGGGAUAACUUACACUGAAGAUAGUAAUCCAAUGUAUCACUGUCCGUUUACGUGUUUUAGACACAAUGGGGAUUCAAAAACUGAAACAACAACACAAGUUAAUUCAAGUAAAGCAGUUUUGAAUUGUGAGCAUUUGCAUAGUUCCUCAAUACGCGCUUUUAGCCACCACCACCAUAAUAAUAUGAAUAAUAUCAACAAAACUCGGCCGCAUUUUGAUUAUAUCGACGUUGAUUUAUUAAGAAUUCCUCCUGAUUUGGAUUAUAGAAACUGUCGAGGAGUUGGAUUAUCAAGAGAUGGAAAUAGAUCGAGUGUUAGUAGUGAGGGUUUUUGUGAAAACGAAGAUGAAAUGAGGUUGUGUAAAAGACGAGGUUUUUUGUUGAAUUCUUUAGAUCGGGAUUCUCAAGAAGGAAAUGGAAGUGAUUCAGGUAGCACUAGCAGCAGUAGCAAUCAAGAUACAGCGACUUCUUUACAACAAUCGAGUAGUGUCAGUGAAGAUAGCGACUCGAAGAAUGUACCGAGCGCUUCGAGUGUUGUUAAGAAAAACGAAGAAUGUGAAGAAGGAAUUAUAGUGCAGAAUUUUUCAAGGCGAGCUUCAAAAGACGAAUCUAGUUCUUCAAAUUCUGGGGAUGAAUACAACGUUUAUUAUUACAAUGCCAAAGAUGUUAGUGGAUCGAGUGAGCAACAAAAAGAUUUAAAAACGGCGGAAGAUUCCGAGAAUAAAACUAUUUUUGGAGGUAUUCGAAAAUCUGACGAUCCUUGGGAUGUUCUUUUUGCGCGCGCAGAAGGUUUACACGCUCACGGACAUAGCAGAGAAGCAUGUACUUUGGCUGUGAAAUUAGCUGAAGAAUUAUUAGCAAAUCCGCCGGAUUUAAUGAUUGAUAUUCCACAUAUUCCUAAGAAAAAAGGGCGAAAGCAAGUAAAUCCAGCUUCGCAUCAGUUGAGUUGUUUGGCAUCGGCCACUCUUUCAAAGUGCGCAUUUUUGUGUUCCGUUUUAUCUGAAAACCCAGAGCAUUAUCACAUAGCUUUCCGCAUGGGUAUGUUUGGUUUAGAAAUGGCUCGACCUCCAGCCAGUACAAAACCGUUAGAGGUGAAAUUAGCUAAUCAAGAAAGCGACUUGGUUAAUUUAUUAAAAAAGAUUCCUCUUGGAUAUCGAGAAAUGGAUAUUAUUCGGGAAAAAGCUCAACAAUUAAAAGAAGGAAGCUUGAAAUCUCGUGGCGAAGCUCUCCUUCCGAUUAUGUUGGCCAGUUUUAUUUUUGAUGCUUUGGUAAUGCCAUCUUUUGUCGGUCGCGAUCGAAAUCGGGUACUGAAUCUUCGAUUAGGAACAGACGAACCGCUCGGAUUUGAAGCGGCCGUUGCUGCCCUUGGAUUAAAAGCCAACGUUUCCGAAGCAGAUCAUCCGUUACUAUGCGAAGGUACGAGACGACAAAGAGGUGAUUUGGCAAUUACUUUGUUGGUGUUUUACAAAGACGACGCGUGGAAAAUCGCACGGAUUAUGGAGAGAUUAUUGGAUAAGGACGUUCAUCAAUUAUUAAAAACACCUAUCAUAAGCUCUUAUUAUACAAGUAAUCCUCCAGUGAGGCGACAAGUUUAUAACUUUCAUCGUGAAGAUAAUGAUAAAGUUAUUCCGUUGAACUCAUUUAUUCCUCCAACUGAAAUGAUGUCGCACGAUAUAAGUAACAGUCGUCCACAUAGUUCUACAAGUGCGGAAGUUGAACAAGGCAUUGCUGCACUUUCAUUAGGUCCUACAACAUCAACAGUUCCAACACAAACGCCAAGCGUUCAAAUAACACGGACAAAAGAAUCCCGUUAUAAAGGUAAAAGAGCAUAUCCUUCGAUUCCAAAUCAACCCUCAGAAGCGGGAGCUCACUUUAUGUUUGAACUCGCAAAAACUGUCUUAACUAAAGCGGGUGGUAAUAGUAGCACUUCUUUAUUCACCACAACAACAAGUAGUCAAAAUCAUCACGGACCAAACCGAGCCCUACACAUGUGCGCUUUCCAACUGGGACUUUACGCUUUGGGAUUACAUAAUUGCGUUAGUCCUAAUUGGUUAAGUAGAACUUAUUCGUCACAUGUAUCUUGGAUUACUGGUCAAGCAGUCGAAAUUGGAGCUGCGGCGAUUAGUUUUUUGAUUGAUACUUGGGAAGGUCAUUUAACACCACCUGAAGCAGCGAAUAUGGCUGACAGGGCUUCACGUGGAAGCGACCCAAAUACUGUUAGGGCAGCAGCGGAGUUAGCGUUGUCUUGUUUGCCGCACGCUCACGCGUUAAAUCCUAACGAAAUAACCAGAGCUAUUUUACAGUGCAAAGAACAAAGUGAUAUUAUGCUAGAACAUGCUUGUUUGACGGUUGAGAAUGCAGCGAAAGGUGGUGGGGUGUAUCCAGAAGUUUUAUUCCAAGUUGCGAAAUAUUGGUAUGAAUUAUACGUCCAUCAUACACCGGGAGGUGAUCAAAUUAUUGAAAAUGACGUUCCACAUGAUCCUUUGUUAGAUGGCCAUGGUCAACUUGUUUUGAUUGAACCUGGACCGGAAAUUUUACCUCCACAAAACCCAACUCCGGUUGUUGUCACGACAGCUCCACCUCAACCGUAUCAACACCCGGCUAUAACAACUUUAGCUGCACCUAUUGGGGUUUCAAUGCCAUACGCUGUAGCUCCGUAUAGUUUUACCGUUCAGGGCAUCCACCCUCAGCUGAGCUAUGGAGGCCCUAUACACCCCCACGCUGUUCAGCUCCAUCAACCAGGUCACGUUCAAAUGUAUCUUUCCCCACCACAAUAUCAAUAUCCACCCCAUACAGCUAAUCAACAAUUUUCAAAUUCUCCCCAACAAAACUAUCCACCCAUUCAAACCAAUUUACCACCAUCAAUUCAAAACGGAUCCCCUCAAUAUCAACAACCCAAUUACGGCCCACCGCCAACGCAAGCGACUUCGUUUCAAAAUAUCCCACCGAAUCCGACUACUCCAAUGCAGUAUUACGGAACGGCGGUCACGAUUGCUCAAUCAGCGAACAUGAGAUCAGCACCGGUUUAUCCACUAUCGUUGCCACCAGGCGGUGGAAAUAUCGUCCAGCAACCCCCAGCACAAGCGGCGGUUCGCCAACCACACAGGCAACAACAAUUUACUCAAAUUCAACUUAGGUAUUUAUUAUCCGCUUAUGGAGCGGGGAUGUUGGCUAUGGAAACACUUUCAAGAAGGGUCCAUGAUGAUAGACCUCAAGCGAAAUAUGCAAGAAAUCCACCAUAUGGAGAAGAUGUUAAGUGGUUAUUAAGGAUUUCUAGACAUUUAGGUACACAAUAUCUUCAACAAUACUGUUUAUGCGCAGUAAAUUCAUUAGUGAGUCCUUUCGUUUUAUACGAUGUGGCAAUAGAAUCAGCCCAAUACUUAGGAAGACAUAAUCCUGGUAUGGUAAUGCAACACUUAAGAACGACGCUACUGUCUCUCAUACAAAAGUGCCAGCAAAUGUACAUACAGUGCAUGCACCAAAAACUCUAUCAUUUAACCUCAGCUGACUACGAAGAUUUCGUGAGCAUAGUUUGCGCGGCAAGAGCAGCGUUCCAAAUCACACCCGAAGGGAGCACACAAUUUAAAGAGUGGCUCCAAUCCAUCAAACGAUCGAAAUCUUGCAAAAAGGAUCUUUGGACGCAAAUUAACACCGCUCUUCAAGCGAAUGGUAAAUGACAAAGGACGGAGGCGGUCUCGAUACCGACCAGCGAGAGCAUGGACAUAUCGCAGCAACCGCAAGUCUGCACGUUUCCACACGCAAUCAUCGCACCGCCAAUUCCGACUUAUAUCGCCGCGGAACAUCUUCAUUUUUCGGUGGUUACCGUAAAUGAACAACAACAACAAAUUCAACAACAACAACAAAUUCAACAGCAACAACAAAUUCAACAGCAACAACAAAUUCAACAA